CAGCUGACUGGAUAAACAAAGGUUAAAUUCAAAUUUGCAGCAGGAGCAGCCUAUGGAGCAGACAGACAGACAGGUGCCUCCUAGCUUCCUGUCGUUCUGUCCUCCUCAGCAGACAGACAGACAGACAGAUGCCUCCUAGAUUCCUGUCGUUCUGUCCUCCUCAGCAGACAGACAGCCGCAUCGUCCUGCUCCGGCCAGAGGACACGGAGAAGGCUGCAGCCAUGGGACAGCAUCUCCCCAUCAGGAGCACCGGAGAGGACGGGGCGGUGUCCCUGCCUGACUGAAGACUGAACCUACGUUAUGACUGAAUUAGAAGCCUCAGGGGUGGGGGAAAAUCCCCCACCCUACAUUAUCUUUGUGGUGGUCUUCCUCUUCUUCCUCACCGGACUGUUUGGCUUCCUCAUCUGCCACCUGCUGAAGAAGAAGGGCUACCGCUGCCGCACUGGAGACAUGGAAGAUGAAGAUGAGGAGGAGAAGCUUGGAGGAAAUUCCGACGAUGAGGAUGAAGAGAACCAGGACACAGUGGAACAGAUCCUCAAAUGCAUUAUUGAGAAUGAAGCUAACAUGGAAGCUUUCAAUGAGAUGUUUGGAAACCAAAAUGUCUGUGUGCGCCACGACCCCAGAUUGCGCAAGGAGUCCAUUGGUGGUGUUCCUCCCCAUCACCACACAGUCCACUCAGGCACCGAUCACAACACCUGCCAUCUCUGUGCCCAGGUCCGAGCUAAAAAGGGCAGACGACAUAGUCGAACUCCCCGCUUUAAACAACGACCUGGAGAGCAGACUGUCUUCUCUGUUGGCAGGUUCAGAGUGACCCACACAGAUAAGAAGCCUCAUGGAAGUCCUAAUCCAAUGAUCAGUUCAGGGGACCAGCUGGACCAAUCCCAGGACAGUGAGGAGCGGAAGGAGGGCGGGUAUAAUCUGAGAAGCAUGUUCAAGGAUGCCCGACCACCUUCAGAGGGCUCCAAUGGGGUUGGCCCAAAUGUGGGGAAACGCAAGAAGAGUGUAACCAUAUUUGGGCUGAGGCGGGGCAGCGACCCCAUUGGCAUUAAAGGAGCAGAGGGGACAGGCAGGGAGACUGGAGGUUUCAGAUUAGCUAUUCAGAAGCAACCUGUAGUGCUGGAGGAACUCUCGCAGGCAGAGAACACUAGAGUCUCUCCUGAAUGUGGUACUAAACCUGGUAUCAAACCUGAAACUGUGCACUCAAAGAAUCAGUCACCUUCUUCACCUCAACGUGAGGCUAAAACUUCAGGUUCUGUUAAUUCUCCCUCUUCUCAAAGUAAGGAUCAGGCCCGUGGCUCUAAGUCUACUCCAGAGGAUGGCUCUAAAGAUGGGCCCAGUCCUGAGCCACGUACGAACCUUAUGAUCAAACCUUCUGUUGGGACCACAGCAGCUUCUGUCCCCAGCUCUCUUCCCAUUCCAUCCCCUGUUUCAUCUGGACAGACAUUGAAAACAACAGAGAAACAAAGAGGUGAUAAGGUGUUAAACAAUCCAGAGGCAUAUGAUCCUGGGCCACUACAGACCUCUACACCCAUUGCCCCAAUGCCUGGAUCCAUUGCAGGUAUCACUCCUGUCAGUCCUACUGGCCAACCUGAACUCUAUUCUGGGUCUGGUCUUCCACUUACCCAAACCCCCUCCAACCCAAGCUCCAGCCCAGAUCCAGAAUCAGGCUUUGGUGCUAGCUUAGCUUUAAUAAGCUUAGGUUCAUCCCCUCCAUCUUUAGCCUCCUCGCUAAAAACUCCUAUCUCACCCGUGGCAGUCACACCAAGCCCCAAACUAAGCUCAAAAAGUACACCAUCAGAGUCUUCAAAAACUGCCUUUUCUCCUGCCCUCACUCCAAGCCCCAAACUCCAGUCAGGCCGAGCGAUGUCUAGCGAAUCCCCUAUUCCAUCUUCAUCCUUUGGAAUAAGUGCUAGUCCAUUACAAGCCCAAACUUCCUUACCUGCUCUCACUGCUAGCCCCAAACUUGACACCAUGCCAGUAUCACCACAAAACCCCUCUUCUUCUCCAGCUGACCAAAACCCGUCCUUUGGAAGUUCUCCUCUUCUGAAUUUGAAGUCAGAAAGUGUGAUGUCUGAAAUAUCGAUGACCAAAGGGGAAAUGGUUUCAAGUCCAUUACCUCUAAAGGAACAAGAGCUGAAAGGAGCUGGAAUCAUGAAGACAGAAGAAAAGACAGAAAAAGUGAGGGUGGGGAUUCUCAAGAAAGCUAAACUUUCACCAGUUGAGGGAGAUUCUAAAUGUUCUGCCCUUUACUCUCCCACUGAUCAGUUUUCUAAAGACAGACUGAGCCAUUUGCCUUUGUCACCUUCCAGUCCACUGUCCCCCUCCUCACAAUUAGGGAGCAGAAUAAGUAGUGUGACCAUCAUCAAAGCCAGUCCUGAGAGCAAGAGAGAGUUCUCUGUUGUCACUAUGGUGGAGGAGAAAGAACCCUCUACUUCAGUAAAAGACCAGAAAGGAGAGACUUCUGAACUCAGGGAUGAAUCAGAAAAAGCAGGAAUUGGUCCAGCAGUUGGUCUGGGAGGAGAGGUUCAGGGUUCAGGUGUUGGACAAGCUGAAAAUCAAAGUAGAGGGCCUCCUGGAGCAGAGGUUAGGCCAAGGGCGAGCCAAGACAAGGACGAUAUGGUGGAGAUGGAAGAUAUUAGGGACUGCAAAGUGAUGCAGGUGGAAGAAGUAGAGAGGGUGGAGGAGGAGUUGGAGAAGAUGGUGAACACAAAACAGGACUAACAGGCAGAGUCUAAUAGUGACAUGGUCCAGAGUUCAGCUCUGAUAAUCCAAAGAAAGAAGUGAUACCAAGGGGUACCACUUAGUGGACUAUAGGAAGGGAAAUGUAGUAAUAAUGAAAUUAAGUAAUUAUAAACACGGCUUUGAUUAUGUAACCACAGCUGUGAAAAUGUUGCAGUGAGACUGAACUGGCUGGUAAACUGACUAGUCAGCUGAUUGAUGAAAAAUCAUCAUAUAUACCACUGCUAGAUUGAAAGGAUGAUAUGAUAAAUGAUGCAUGUUUUACCCUUUUAACACAAAUCACUAAUACUUUAGUUUACAUCAUGGCUAACCAUUUUGCAAACGAUGCCUUUGUGUUUUUUUGUUUUGAAUGUUUUUUCGUAUUCUUAUUCCAUCCAGAGUCUAGAGCCAUGUUAGCGGCUCUGUGAGGCUGUAUGUAGCACCACGGACAUCAGCGUUUGCGCAAAAUGCCAAUAUUAACAUGCUCAAUUUUAAAAGAUGUUUCCAGUAUUGGAGAAACUGGGAUUUUGGCCUGAUUAGGGGGCUACAUGAAAAGUCAGAGGAUGACCAACACCAUUACUGUUACUCCUGAAGGAAACAUUACUGUCUGUACUAAACUGCAUGGCAAGAGUUAUGUUAGGAUGAAAUCCUUAUUUUUUUAUUCUAUAUUUCCCACACUUGCCUAUAUUUUGCAGAGGCUGAGUUUUCCUUUGACUAAAUAGUUUCACAUGUGACAAGCUGACCACUUGGUUGGCUGAUAUAUAAAGGUGCUAAGAGCUGGCAAGUUCUAAUCUCAUCUAUUGAUCCUGCUGAUUGUGAAUCAAGAUUAACAGCACAAGCACAGGGGAGCAACAGUCGCUCUAUGGGCAGCUUGGCCAACAGAGAUAUAUCAGUUAAGUGAAUUCGCAGCAAGUUCAUGUAACGCUGUUUCACCCCAUGCUGUUCUGUUAAAGUUAAAGUUCCACUGACUGUCAUACACUCCUGAGUGUGUGAAAUUUGUUCUCCGCAUUUGACCCAUCCCCUGAGGGAGCGGUGAGCAGCAGCAGUGCCGCACUCGGGAAUCAUGUGGUGAUCUAACCCCUCAAUUCUAACCCCUGAUGCUGAGUGCCAAGCAGGGAGGCAAUGGGUCCCAUUUUUAUAGUCUUUGGUAUGACCUGGCCAGGGAUCAAAGACCACGACCUCCCAGUCUCAGGGCGGACACUCCACCACUAGGCCACUGAGCUGUAAAUUAGCUGGCAUGUAAAGUAUGCUGCCAGGGACAUACAACAGUCUGUUCAAUCCAAAUGUCCUCCCUUUUUCUCCAAAUUUGGAAUGACCAUUUCUCUUAUGUGAAUAAAAUUCUUAUAGAUGUUCACAAAGCCCCCCAUAAACCCACCCUGGUUCCCUGUUCAUGCAAGUGAGGAAAUAUGGACUUGAUCCCUCACUGGUUUCCCACCAUACAAACACUAGCAGUUGUUUUGAACAUGGGUCUUGUGGUGGUGGGCAACCUUAUACUAUAGUAAUCAGGCACUUCGACUGGUAAAUAUACAACAUUUCCUGUAUACCAGUCACAGACUAGUUUUUUGGAAUUGUGAAAUUAUUACAUAUCCAGUAAAAUAUUGGCUAAUUUUUUAGUCUUCUUUGUCUGUUCAUGCCAGUUUGUAGUAUGUCCAACAUAAAUUGAAUGCUUACCAGGAAAGUUCGAAACAACAGCAAAUGAUUGCCAUAAUGCAAAGUACAGCCAUAGACUUUGUACUCUGUACUGAUGAUUGUAUCGAGCAGUGCAUAUCCAGGGAUGACAGUGUGGCUGCCCUACAUGUGAAAUAAGCUGAGACUACAGAGACCUUCCACAAACUUCCACAAAACAACCUCUGCAGUCCUUAAAGCUGUGACAUUUCAAAGUAAUUUAUUUGAAGGUAUGCUGUGUAUUUUGAAAUAUAAUGGAGUAUUUUAAAGUCUAACUUUUAAAGCGUCUACAGCAGAUAUGGAACAUGUGAUAUUGUACAUAUAUAAUUGAUCUCUCCAUUGAUUUGCCUUCUGUUCCCCUUCAUGUGAUUAUACAGUAGAACUCACAACAUUAUAUGCAUCAUACCUGCAAAACUAUUUAUUUUGAUGCACUUUUCAAAAAACUUCCUCCAACACUGGAGCAAUCUGGUUACAGGCAGUAACAACUGUCGUUCAGUUACAGGUGUUUGAUGUUACACAUAGAGUAUAUAUACACAACUUCACCUUUCACCUUUACUGUGCAUUAUGUCUCUAUAACAAAGCCAUUAUAUACUUUGCAGCAACAAUUUAAAGGUGUGGUCCAGAGUGUAUCAUGUGUAAAGCUGUGUCCAAUUUGAUGACAUUUUAAGGGAAAUUACAUGUUUUUACAACCUUGGUUUAA